GACGAAAGGCGAAAGUGAUGACUGCCGUAAACGGGUAUCAGGGAAACACUCCGGCAGAUCCUCCGGCGUCUAAUGGCUCGAAACAACCCGCGGCUCCGACCAAAACUGUUGACAGCCAAUCAGUUCUCAAAAGGCUGCAAUCUGAAUUGAUGGGCUUGAUGAUGGGCGGUGGUCCGGGGAUAUCGGCUUUUCCAGAGGAAGACAACAUAUUUUGCUGGAAAGGGACAAUCACAGGAAGCAAAGAUACAGUUUUUGAAGGAACUGAGUACAGACUCUCACUCUCUUUCUCCAAUGACUAUCCUUUCAAACCUCCAAAGGUUAAGUUCGAGACAUGUUGCUUCCACCCCAAUGUUGAUGUCUAUGGCAAUAUCUGCUUAGACAUUCUUCAGGAUAAGUGGUCAUCUGCUUACGAUGUGAGGACAAUACUAUUGUCGAUUCAGAGCCUCCUGGGAGAACCUAACAUCAGCUCACCAUUGAACACUCAAGCAGCUCAACUUUGGAGUAACCAAGAAGAGUAUAGGAAGAUGGUUGAGAAGCUCUACAAGCCUCCCAGUGCAUGAUUUCUGCUAGCUCUUGUGAUUCAUAAAUCUCGUCCACUGCGUUUGAUGAUUUCACAUACAAUGAUUUUCCAGAAGAAACACUUUGUGUCAUUCAUUUGCUUUAUUCUUUGUUUCUGAACAUCAGCAGUUUCAUCUGUAACUUUACCUUAAGUUUUUUGACUUGAGCCGAAUAAUGACAGAAUGUGGCGAGUGAGUUUUUCAUAGAUUAAUCAGAAUUCAGAAAGAUAAUAUACU